AUGCCCCCCACCCCGCCCGACAAAGCCCAGAACCCGGAGGAGGCUUGGGCGGUGGCGUGGCCACCGCUGUGUCCAGGUGAGCAGGCCGAGGGGCUGGCAGCCCACGGCCGCGCCUUACAGAGGCCCACCCCGUGUGCCCUUCACCCCCUCCUGCUGAGCCCGACGGAGCCAACGCAAAACCCCGGCCGCAGGCUCCACGCACUGUCCGAUAGCAGGGCCGGCCGAGGCCAGCUGACCGCGGUGAACGGCGGGCAUCAGGCUCUAGCGCAGCAGUCGGGGUGCCAGCCAGCCCAACACCUGGUCAUCCCCAUUCUGGGCCCUUACGGCCAGUCUGCUGGGCAUGGCAGAGGCGGCGGCAGGCUCUGUGGGCACAGCUGGAGAGGCCUGUCCAGCAGCGGCCUCCCUUUCUUCCUUGCUCCUGGGUGGGAGGAGCUGGCCUGCAGGUACUCGGCCUCCCCAGGGCCCGGGGCAGGUGGGGUGCAGCCGUCCGGGCAGCAGGAGCGGAACAUGGGGCUCACGCCAGACCCCCACGGAACCCCGACCCCGGCCGGCACCACAGCCACGCCUGGGCUGGUUCCAGACCUCGUGUCCAGAACCCCCUGGCCUGGCUGGGGCCUUGUUGCCCUGGCCCUGGCUGUGGGGGUCCUCGCUGUCACCUGUCUGCUCUGCGCCCUCCACUGCCGCCGCCGCCAGCGCCGCCGGAAACAGCCGGGGGACAAGGAAACCGUGGGCCUGGGCCGCAUCUCCCAGAGCUGCACAGCUGCGCACCUGGUGCAGCCAGAUGUGGACGCUGUGGAGGCCAGUGCUGGGGGCCAGCAGUGGGGCCGUGUCCUGCUGUCUCUAGAAUAUGACUUUGGGAGCCAGGAGAUCAAAGUGGGUCUGAAGCGCGCCGCAGACCUGCAGGCUGAGGGCACCGCGGACCCCUACGCGCGCCUCAGCAUCUCCACCCAGGCCGGGCGAGGGCACGAGAGCAAGGUGCACCGUGGCACGCUCUGCCCCGUGUUCGAGGAAACCUGCCGCUUCCCCGUCCCUCAGGAGGAGCUGCCCCGAGCAGCCCUGCAGGUGCGGCUGCUGGACUUCAGACGCUUCUCGGAGCACGAGCCCCUGGGGGAGCUCCACCUGCCUCUGGCCGCCGUGGACCUCCAGCACGUGCUGGAGCGCUGGUAUCAGCUGGGCCCCCCUGGCACGGCGGAGCCCGAGCGGAGCGGCGCACUGUGCCUGUCCCUGCAGUACGUGCCCGGCUCGGGCCGCCUGACGGUGGUGGUGCUGGAGGCCCGCGGCCUGGGUCCCGGGCUGGCAGAGUCCUAUGUGAAGGUCCAGCUCGUGCUGAAGCAGAGGAAAUGGAAGAAGAGGACCACCUCUCCCCGGAAGGGCACAGCCGCCCCCUACUUCAACCAGGCCUUCAGCUUCCCAGUGCCCGUCGGUCAGAUCCAGAGUGUGGACCUGGUGCUGGCCGUCUGGGCCCGUGGCCCACAUCUCCGGGCUGAGCCUGUGGGCAAGGUGCUGCUGGGCGCCCGGGCCUCGGGGCAGUCGCUGCAGCACUGGGCGGACAUGCUGGCCCAUGCUCGGAGGCCCAUCACUCAGUGGCACAGCCUGCGGCCCCCCAAGGAGGUGGACGCUGUCCUGGCCUUGAAGCCCCGCCUGCGCCUGCCUGUGCCUGGCUCCUGA